AUGAUUGCCACUUCACCCCUUAACCCCGCGACCACGGCCCAGCGCCUCUUCAGCAAAAGUGAGGAUAUGGAAAAAGCUUUUAUUCAUUUGCCCGAUGAGUUACUCCUCUUGAUUGCAAGUUUUCUAGAGAAAGAAAAGGACAUCAGUUCGUUAUCUCGAACUUGCCGAAAAUGCUAUCCUCCCCUCAACUCCUUCCUCUAUCACCACAAUUCGUUGAACCUAGGAAGUUCCGCUUUGCUAUGGGCAGGCCAGCGGGGGAUGGAAGGGACAGCUCGUAUCUGUAUUCGAAAUGGAGCUCAUGUUGGGGUUACUGAUAUCCACGACUACGACAGAACACCACUAUUCUGGGCCGCGUGCAAUGGCUAUGAGGCUGUGGUGAAACUCUUACUUGAGACCGGGCGGGUUAAUGGGGAUUCAAAAGACUCCCGCGACGAGACACCUCUGCUCGCAGCCGCUAAGCACGGUCACGAAGCGGUGGUGAAGCUCUUACUUGAAACUGGACACGUUGAUUUGCAGCCAAAGGACGACCCUAAUGGUUGGACACCGCUGUAUGUCGCUGCAUGGCACGGCUACGAAGCGGUGGUGAAACUCUUACUUGCGACCGAGGGCGUUGAUGCAGAUUCAAAGGACUCCAACGGCUGGACACCGUUGUUGCGGGCUGCGCAGGCGGGCCAUGAGGCGGUGGUGGAAUGUUUACUUGAAACUGGACACGUUAUGCAGCCAGAGGAAGGCGCCAGCGGUUGGACACCGCUGUCCAUCGCCACGCAGAAUGGCCAUGAAGCGGUGGUGGAGCUUUUACAGUGGAGUGAGUGGCGAAGCUUCUGGAAUCGAGCAGGUUGA